CCGAUUCUUCAAAAGCACCUUGGUUCAAAUUGCGGCAAGGCGGGUGAAAGGACCGCGGGCAGUAAAUGGGAAACCGCUGUUCACGGAUAGCACACGGUCGAAAGAUUUCAUCGGUGCACUGCUGCAAAGCCUGGACAUCUUACCGUGCCAUGUGGUGGACUUCGAGCCAAGUGGGAAAGAACUAAUGGAAAUAGUGGCGGAGAGCAAGAGCAGUGUCUACCAUGCACUGUUGCUGCGCCAUUCGGCGCCGAAGCUGGCCUGGCUCAAAGAGCAAACUUUGGAGCUAGCAAAAUGCCAUGCUGAGACAGAGGUUGCUCAGCCACAAGAGCCAUCAGGUGACGAUGGACGCGACCAAGUGCAAGAACUCGCAAGCACCCCAAGAUCAAGCGUCUACUCCACCCCUCUUCUUUCGAAGAGGAUGUGCACGAUGCCACUUGACUUAGACCCACGCACGGCUGUGUCUAGCUGGAAGGACGAAGUGGAAGCAUGGAAGGCCAGCACUACCGUCUUCAAUGGCGAGGUGCCUGAAGGUGGCUUGUUGGAGAUUCUAUCCCCUUCGGACCCCUUCUUACUGACGCAUUCGGUGUUCAGCGGAAAGCAUCGCCGAAAGGCUAUUGACGACUCUGACGAUCUCAUGCCCGAGGACUUGCGCUUGGCAGAAGCCUUGGUCGACCAGAAGGCAUAUGGACAGCGGCAGAUUUUUGGGGCCGCCCCGAUUUCCGCAUGUUUGCGUUAA